ACGGGAACCAAAAGUAUUCUCUCUCCACUGCACUCUUAUGGCAACGGGCUGCGAUGGUGUUAUUUCUGUCGAUUGCUUUUUGUGGAUCCUCGAAAGUGUGAGCACUGAUAGUAGUAUCGUAGUAGGACGAAGAUUCGUUAUGUUCUGAUUCUGAACGAAUCCCGACGAAAGAUCCGAGCUACAGCUAACGAUGUGCCACAUCCUGAUGUAACCACAUUGAAAUUGCAGUAGGAAGUAGUAACAGUGACCCUCACUAGAGACAAGCAUACAAAAAUAGAAUGUCAGGGUAUAGAGGAGGAGGAGGAGGUGGGGCUGGGAAUCAUCAAGGAGGCCCAGCGGGCCUCAAACAAAUAGACUUAGACCAAAUUUGGGGAGAUCUGCGUGAGGGUAUCGAACAAGUUUACAACAGACAAUGUAUGUCUAAGCCGAGAUACAUAGAGUUGUACACACAUGUAUAUAAUUAUUGCACAAGUGUUCAUCAACAAUUAACUAGGACAUCGACCAAAAGCAAAAAAGGACAAGUUUCUCAAGGAGGUGCACAGUUAGUUGGUUUGGAGUUGUAUAAACGUUUACGCGAUUUUCUUAGAAAUUACCUUAUUAGUUUAUUAAAGCAUGGAAUUGACUUGAUGGACGAGGACGUAUUACAAUUCUAUACGAGACAAUGGGAAGAGUAUCAGUUUAGUAGUAAAGUGCUGAACGGCGUAUGCUCGUAUUUAAAUCGACAUUGGGUACGUAGAGAAUGCGAAGAGGGUCGUAAAGGAAUCUAUGAAGUUUAUCAAUCGGCUUUGGUCACGUGGAAAGAUCACUUGUUCAAACAUUUAAAUAGACAAGUUACUAAUGCAGUGCUUAAAUUAAUUGAGCGCGAACGCAACGGGGAAACGAUAAAUACACGUUUAGUCAGUGGUGUAAUUAAUUGUUAUGUAGAAUUAGGUUUGAAUGAAGAAGAUCCAGGUGCUAAAGGACAGAAUCUUACCGUUUAUAAAGAGUCCUUCGAAAAUGUCUUCCUCGAAGAUACCGAACGAUUUUAUACUCGAGAAAGUUCAGAGUUCCUCAGACAAAAUCCGGUCACAGAAUAUAUGAAAAAGGCGGAGCAAAGGUUGCUGGAGGAACAGAAACGAGUUCAAGUGUAUUUGCAUCAGACAACGCAUGAGAAAUUAGCAAAGACUUGCGAGAGAGUGCUGAUCGAGAAACAUUUAGAUAUUUUUCAUUCGGAAUUUCAAAAUCUUCUCGAUGCUGACAAGAAUGCGGACUUAGGUCGGAUGUAUCAACUAGUAGCAAAAAUACCGAAUGGUCUCGGAGAACUGAGAAACCUUUUGGAAGGUCACAUAGCCAAUCAAGGGCUUGGAGCUAUCGACAAAUGUGGUGACUCUGCAGCUAACGACCCAAAGGUUUACGUAAACACAAUUUUGGAGGUUCAUAAGAAAUACAACGCGUUGGUACUCGUUGCAUUUAAUAACGACAGUGGUUUUGUGGCAGCUCUUGACAAGGCUUGCGGACGAUUCAUUAAUAGUAAUUCAGUAACGAGAGCAGCGAACAGCAGUAGUAAGUCACCGGAAUUGUUGGCGAAAUACUGUGAUCUGUUGCUAAAGAAGAGUAGUAAAAAUCCCGAAGAAGCAGAACUUGAAGAUACGCUGAAUCAAGUGAUGGUAGUGUUCAAAUAUAUCGAGGACAAAGAUGUGUUCCAGAAGUUCUACAGUAAAAUGUUGGCGAAACGAUUGGUACAACACAUGUCGGCCAGCGACGAUGCCGAAGCUUCCAUGAUCUCGAAAUUGAAGCAGGCCUGUGGCUUUGAGUACACCUCCAAGUUGCAACGAAUGUUUCAGGAUAUCGGUGUGUCUAAGGAUCUGAAUGAACAGUUUAGAAGACAUUUGACAAACUCUACCGAGCCUCUGGAUAUAGAUUUCAAUAUACAAGUGCUCUCUUCUGGCUCUUGGCCGUUUCAACAAUCUUUUACUUUUUCAUUGCCAACCGAGCUAGAAAGGUCUGUACACAGGUUCACCACGUUCUACAGUUCACAACACAGUGGAAGAAAGUUGAAUUGGUUGUACAAUAUGUCUAAAGGGGAAUUACAUACUAAUUGUUUUAAAAAUAGAUACACGUUACAAGCAUCCACCUUUCAAAUGGCCGUUUUAUUACAAUACAAUGGAUCUACUGUGUGGACCGUACAACAGUUACAUGAUGCGACGCAGAUAAAAAUGGAUUUCCUGCUUCAGGUGAUUCAAAUACUCUUGAAAGCUAAACUAUUGACAGCAGCAGCAGUGACCGACGACGAAACUGAACUGACAUCGAUGUCAACGGUGGAACUGUUCACAGGAUAUAAAAACAAAAAGCUGAGAGUGAACAUCAAUAUACCAAUGAAAACGGAAUUGAAGAUCGAACAAGAGACGACACAAAAGAACAUAGAAGAAGAUAGAAAACUCUUGAUUCAGGCAGCUAUCGUUAGAAUUAUGAAAAUGAGAAAGGUGUUGAAGCAUCAACAACUGGUAGCCGAGGUUUUGAAUCAAUUGAGUUCUAGGUUCAAACCGAGAGUUCACGUUAUUAAGAAAUGUAUAGAUAUUUUAAUUGAGAAAGAAUAUCUGGAGCGCACAGAGGGUCAAAAGGACACUUACAGCUACCUGGCAUGAUCAUCGAGUUGAUCCAGGACGACAACGAUACAGCAACGAUCAUACGUGCAAACAAAAGAUAACUGUCCAGUGCUGUCAUUGCUGCUAGAUAUCAUCACAAUAUUUAUUUAAGUCUCUAUGAUACAUUUUUUCCCUUGUACAUGGCUGCCCUUCUUGUACCACACCACGGUGUCCCUCUGGUCGCAUUUAGAGUCUGGUUUUUAUAAUACGUUAAUAAAAUCAUUUCAUAGUCAAGCUGUGCUAGGUGUGUGGUGUUACUUUGACUACUGGUAAAUUCAACUACCAUUUGUUUUUGACAUACCGUGUUGUCGUCUGCUGUGCUCGAGAGAUGCCGUAGAAUCGUUCUUAAUUUAACUCAUUGAAUUCGUGACUUUAUACGAGAAAAUUAUAAACUCUGGAAUGAAAAGGAACAGCCGCUGAACGAAGAUCGCGUGUGACAAGAGUAAAAUGCGUAAACUCUGUGUGUGUGUGUGAAUAAAACAAUAUAAAUUUUAAGUGAUUAAUAUAAAUUAAUUAUAAUCUCGAA